AUGCACACGCCAGGCGUGUUGCGCCCGGAGGGUGUUAAGCUGCGCGUGGUGAAGGCGUCUGGGAGAACGCUAGAGGACACCAAGUUCCACAUGGAGAUACGCACGCUGAGACCAGGCCAGGUGUGGUCAGUGUGCCGUAGGUACAAGGACUUCCAGAGCCUGCACUCGUGCCUCCAGGCGACGUUCCCGGCCCUGGUGCUGCCGCGGUUACCCCGCCCCCCUACCGGCGGCGGGGGGAUGGCCCUGGAGCCGGCGACGCUGGAGAGGGCGAGGGCCGGCCUGCAGGCGUACGCGGCGGCGGUGGUGGGCAGCGUGCCCGCGGCGUGGGGCCUGGAGGAGCUGGUGAUGUUCCUGGACUCGGAGGAGAAGGGGAGGAGGCUCUUUUCGUCCAGGAAGAGGAGGAAGAAAGAGGCGACGCGAAGGGUUGUUGCGUUACCAUCACCCGCCGCCGCCGCCGACAAGGAGGAGGAGGAGGAAGAGGAAGGGGAGGAGGAGGAAGAGGCGGAGGAGGAGGAGGAGGAGGAGGAGGAGGAGUACAAACCGGUCGCCAGAAAAGGGGCGGCCUUCCCACCCGACCUGGUGUCGCCGAAAACGGGAACGCCCGGCGUUGGCUUCGGCCAGAAGUCCCUCCUAGACCUGAAAGUGGAGGAGAAGAAGCUGGCCCUGGCGGCCUUGGAGGGCGCGGCGGCUAACCACUUCGACGGCGUCGGCGCGGUGAUGAACGCUGCGGUUUCCUUCUCCGAAGACUCGGACGACGGCGCCUCGCAGGAGUUCGGGGAGGAGAGCGACUUCAUCGACGGAGAGGACGCGAUCCGAGCCAUGCUGGACAGGGAUGCCGAUGAGGCGGAGGACGACAACCUCUUCAGCAUCCCUGCGGGCACCGACUUCGGCAUCCCGCUGGACGACGACGACGACGACGACGACCAAGAUUGCAGUGCGGACGCCUUUGACAUCACGUACCACGGUUGAGUACGUUGAUUGGUUGGCUUUCGACGUCGCUAGCUAGCUUUUUUCCAACCCUUUGGUUUGAAUCGUGUAGUUUUGUGUCGUCUUUCUGUCACCGGCAUCAGCAAGCGUGUCCGAGGGCCUUCGCCUGCUACGGUCUGAGCAGUUGUUGGACUUUUUUUGCCUUUGGGCAUCGCUUCUUAUUUGCUUUUCUUGAGGCUUUCGGCCUCCUCAUGCCGUGGGAGGAUGAUGGAUGGAAUGAUUCACGGGAUGGGGCGGAUCGGAUGUCGGGAAACUUGUGCAACUAGCUCGAGGGAAGAAGAGGAGGGAGAGGAGAGAGACAGAAGGGAACGCACACCUUGUCUGCAUGCUUUGUGCGUUUGUUUCGGUUUCCUGUCGUUGGUUUUGUUUUGAUCACCCUUGUUGUGCUUACGAGAUAACGGCAUCGAUGUCGGCAUGGAUUUGGGGUUGGAGUGUCAUUGUGACGAAAAAGGAUUGAUAUAGUUUAAUGGAUCGUUGUUCUUGUCGGUAAUUUUUCUGUGUUUUCGAUUUGAGGGCGUGUUGCCAACCUUCACUAGUUUUCGAAAGUCCAAGAGAUAAAGGAGAAGGAGAGACAACUUCGUUUUGUCGGCUCUGGGCUCAACAGAAAUAGCAGUAGUGGCGUUCAGGCGGUAACACGAAUAGUUACGGUAGCACGGACGGAUAUACAAACGUUGGCAAAACCUGGAAUAUAAGAAACGAUGCCAAGUCGCUGCGGAAUUUCCACCGUUGAUGGUGUUGGGAGGCGACAACUGUACGUCGCGCUACGUCCUCUCUCAGCGCGGGGGGGUGGGUACCUGUUCCAAUGCCUCCAGGUGAUGUGCGGCUCGUGAUACCAUGCGGUGGAGAGCGGGCGGAGAGCAUCGGAGGUUGGCCUUUGUUUCCCGGCGCAUCAAAGUCACAGGGCGAUUUGGCUGGUUGUGUGUUGUGUUUGUGUGCUUUUGGUGGCCGUGGUGGGGUGGUUUCCGAUGAUGUUGGUUUUGUUUUUUGUGAAGGAAGAGUCAGCGAAGACUACAGUGUUUCAUGGAGAGGCGAUUUGGUUUGUCGGCAUUUUUUUUCUUUUUUCCCAGCAGGACGGACGAUCCCCCCCACACGCGAACACACAGUCUCCCUGUUGCUUUUUUGUGAAAUGUUUUUUGUCACUUGUGUCGGGCGCCCGACCCGAGUGGAUCAACAUAGCAGUAGGUGGCAGAGAAAGAGAAAAUGAGAGAUAUCACACAUCACUGCACGAUGGUGCUGGUGGCGGGCGGAUGUCGUACCCACUUGAAAGCGAGGACAAAGGCAACGCCCCCCGUCCGCUUCUUCUGUCGUUAGUGAGAAGAAAAGGAGGUUGUGCUCUAAGACGAUGUUUCAGUGCACCUUGCCCGUGUUUACCGUUUUUACUAGACUCACGGUAGUGACUCUCUUGGGCUAUCACUCUCUCCCUCUCUCUUUCCAUCUAGUCUAUGGGGUGAGCAUGGUGCUGUGCCUACAAGCUCUGUUUUGGCGGCUGCAUCUGUCGCAAUAUGGUGUUCUCUAUGUAGAUGCUCGUGCGACUACUUUGGCGUCCAAGUAUUGACUAUUGGACCAAUACGAUCAUCGCCCCGCGGAUCUUGCCCUUUAUUCCUUCAAGUUUUUUGGUUUGGUGUGUGUUGUUGUGCGCCCCCCGCCCGUAGCUGUGGUUGGUUUGGCUGGAAUAUCCACCACGUGGGGGUGCGUCCUCGAUUUAUUUGUCUAUUGGCCGAGUUUUAGUCAAUCGGUGUCGUGUUCCAGCCAGCACUUACGAAAGUAGUUGCUGGGUUAGGGUUAGUGAGCAGGCUUUCGUGGUCGCGGUGGGAAGGAAACAAGCGGUAGAGAAAGAAAAGGUUUUGGUUUCAGUUCCUCGUCUUGUUUUAUUUUUUGUCCCGCCCGCUUGGUCGAACCAAUGGCGCGAACGAAAUGCCAAACAUGUUGUACGACGGCAUGGUGCAAUCCCUCUCUUCCCCCCGCUGUUGUGUUUGAGGGUUCAUCCUGUGAGAAAGGAACUCUUCUUUUGUAACAAGCAAGCACGGAGGACGCGUGUGCGUUGGUUUUAUUCUUUUCUUUUGCUUUCAUCCUGUACCAUUGGUUUGUUCGACGUAUGCAUAUGCAAAUGUUAGAUCGAGUUACCACGGUUUUCCGAAUGUAGCUUACAUGUAGUAAUUUACAGGGAACCUGUUCAUAGCUAGGGGGUGCCUAGCAGUGAUGAUGGCUGGGCUUUGCAAAUGAUGUGUCCCGCCCUCUGUUUCUUGUUAUCGGAGUUUCUGCCUGUACAAGCAAGUGCCGGAACUUACGAUACAGGACCUGCAGCGUGUGCUUUAGUUUCACCUUGUGGAGGGAAUUGUUGACAAGACCGUUAAACGGGCACCGCAGCAGGAUUGGGAGCGGGGAG